AUGUCCGCUGUUCCCCUUCCAACUCGCGUCCUCGCUGGUAUCGUAGUUCCUGAUACGGUCCUCAUCACCAAGGCUCUCGAAUAUGCACGCAAAUACUGUACGUUGCAAGUCUACAACCACGUCGUUCGGAGCUGGCUCUUCGGCUUCGCUAUAUCUCCAAGCCUGUACCCCAAUAUAGACCAAGAACUAUUCUCCGUCUCUCUCAUCCUGCACGACCUGGGCUGGGACCCAAGUGGUGAGCUCGUGUCAACCGACAAACGAUUCGAAGUCGAUAGCGCCAUUGCCGCACGAAGCUUCUUGCGUUCUCAUGCCCCUGAUUGGGAUGCGCGUAAACUUCAAUUGGUCUGGGACACCAUCGCGUUGCACAGUUCAGCGUCGUUGGCGUUGCAUAAGGAGGAUGAGGUCGCGGGGGCUUGUAUGGGGAUUUUGGCGGAUAUUACGGGGCCGGAAAGGUCUAUUGGCGGUGUGUUGAGUAGGGAGGUUUAUGAGGAAGUUGUGAAGGAAUUUCCUUUGUUGGGGAUAAAAGAGGGUAUUAAGGAUAUUUUUUGUGGGAUUUGUAAAACAAAGCCUGAGACUACCUACGAUAAUUUUGUAGGGGACUUUGGGGAGAAGUUCUUACAGGGGUAUAGUAGAGUUGGGAAGACUGCGGUUGAUUUUAUGAUGGCUCCUUAG